AUGGACGUUGAACAAAAAAGAUCUAACUACUCAAUAGAAGCUUUAGAAAAAUGGACGGAAAUGAAGACAAACGAAGAAGUGUUAGACUUCGUCAAAGAGAAAAGGACCUUGCUAAGUAAUUUAAGACUGAGACGAUGGCAUAUGAUAGGUCAUAUGCUAAGACACAAUGAAGAACUUCAUAGUAUCAUACUGAAAGGUAUGGUCGAAGGGAAACGCGGAAGAGGCAAACCAAGACCGUGUUAUAUGUCAAAUAAUCAAAGAUGCAAGAGUCUAUUCGUACAAGCAACUAUCAAGGAUAAAGCACAAGAUUGA